AGCCGUGCCACUCUCUAAUCAACGAGUCUUAUCCAAUCUCGCCAAGCCCCCAUAACAGGUCCCGCUCACACUGCAGCGUUGUUGUCGUUCGAGCCAGGUUUCUUCUCGAUUGGGUUUUGCGAGGCGCGCGAGAACUCACCACGUUCCUUUCAUACUUCGAAAGACCAGCGCUUCGGGUCGUCAUUCCUUUGGUUGUGUGUUUUCCCGACCGCCGCAGCAUGCCUCUAUAGCGCCGCGGCAAACAUUCCAACCGUAACCUAUACCCAAUCGUCCGUUCGAUCAGCACCUUUUUUUUUCCGCAGCGAAUUGCCGAUUCUUUAAUAACCCCCAGUCGACCGCCGCCCGCCGCCGCUUGCCGCUGCCGCGCUGGCCAUGUUGACCAUGCUCAAACAACAAUCAUCGAGAGGCUUCAUCGCCCCGAGGGCCCGCCCCAAGACGCUGCUCUUUCUCACUCUGGCAAUUGUCACCGUCUACUUCCUGGCCACACGCGGCGCUCCUGCCGGCUAUCAUGUCGUCCCCUGGAACCAAGACGGCACCUCUCCACCCCCCGAAAAGGCCGCACCUCCUGAACCGCCAAAGUCGGAAGAGGAGAGGAAGCAGGAUGAGGAGAGACAAAAGCAAGAGAGAGAAAAGCACGAGCAAGAUCUGCGAGACGAGUUCGCGCGGGAGUAUGAAGCUGCCAAGAAGCUUCCCGGCAACGACGCGAUCUACGGAAACACACUUAACUCUCUGAAGGACAAGGAAAACAGGACCGCCGAGCACGCCGCCAACCUCCGUGAGUCUGGCACGCAGGAGGAGGCCUACACGAACCAGCGACCGGUCUACUUCAACCCUUACCCCGACUACAACAGCGAAGAAUGGAACAAGACGCAUCGCGCGCCUCAUGUGCCCUGCAUUGGUGCGACUGGCGAGGCCGUUGAUGAUCUCUUGGUCUUCAAGGGUCAUCCUGCGAAAUUCCCCAACCCGGGCUUCGGUGGCUUCGACGUCCUGGACAUGGACGGCAACAUUUGCUACGAGCGCGAGACCAGACUUGGACCCUAUGGUCUUCUUCCUCAACUCAGCAAGGCCGGUCUUCGCAUUGACUGGGAUAACAUCAACUGGGGCGACCUCCAGGAGAAGUGUAUUGAGAGAAACGCUGCCCGCUUCGACGAGGGCAAGCCCAACGAGUAUAUCAAGACUGCCUACCCCGACAUCGCCGAGAAGUAUGGCAAGGAGGUCGAGGAGGAAGAGGAGGCCAACGAGAAACGAGGCCUUACCAACAAGUUCAGGGGCGGGUCCAAGGGCGCUAAGGUGACGACUCCCGACGCCCGUACUGCUGUCCUUCUUCGAACCUAUACCGGCAAGAAGUACACCGAGAACGACAAGCAGGUCAUCCGUUCUCUCAUUUCUGAGCUUUCGCUCCGAUCCGGUGGCGAGUACCAGGUUUUCCUGCUACUGCACGUUCGCGAUCAGGCUCUCGACAUCUGGAACGACGAAGCCACGUACCAGUACGUGCUCAACGAGCAUGUGCCUCUCGAGUUCCACGGCAUUACCAAGCUGUGGAAUGACCAGGCUAUGUGGAAUCUGUACACAGCGCUUACCGACGAGAACGAAAAGAGCGUGCAUUCUGCCCAAUGGCUGUCGGUGCAGAAGUUCAGCCAGGACCACCCCGAAUUCGACUUUAUCUGGAAUUGGGAGAUGGACGCCAGAAUCAUCGGCCACAACUACGACUUCCUGAAGCGCCUCUCCGACUUCUCCAAGAAACAGCCUCGCAGAGGUUUGUGGGAGCGCAACGAGCGUUACUAUAUCCCCGAUUUCCACGGAGACUACGAUACCGACUUCCGCAAGGACGUUGAGCAACGCACGCGCGGCAACCAGAUCUGGGGCCCGCCCAAGCUGCCUUUCAUCAACCCCGUCGGCCCUAAACCUCCCGUCGAAAACCCUGAAAAGGAGCCGUACAAGUGGGGAGUUGGUGAGGACGCGGACAUGAUCACUGUCGGCCCCAUCUUCAACCCGAUCAACAGCAGCUGGAUCAUCUCGGACCACAUUUGGGGCUACAGAGACGAAAAGUUCCCCGACCCUGCAAAAACCCUCCCCCGCCGAACCACCAUUGUCACCCAAUCUCGUGUCUCCAAGCGCCUCUUGGACAUCAUGCAUGUUGAGAAUCUUCGCGGCAACCACAUUGCGUCGGAGAUGACCCCUCAGACUGUCGCGCUUCUCCACGGCUUCAAGACUGUGUUUGCACCUCACCCUACCUGGUUUGACCGCCCCUGGAAUGGCACUUUCCUCGAGAAGUGGUUCAAUCCUGGCCCUCGCGGCGAGAGCGGUGGCGAGGGCAGUCCUAUGGGCUGGGGAAGAGAGCGUAGAUACCAGGGCAUGACUUGGUACUACCGCGCCGAACCCCCACCAAGACUGUACAACAACUGGAUCGGAUAUGUCGACACUAAGAUUGGCGGCAAGAACUGGGAGAGAGCGCACGGUCGUCCGUGUCUUCCACCCAUGAUCCUCCACCCCAUCAAGGAGGUCAAGCCGACAGAACCCGGAUUCGCGACCCAGUUCGAGCUCUUCUACGGCUGAACGUGCCCACGCAGAAUUAUGGUGUAUGAUGUACGAACAAGACUUGCUUCAAACUGGGUUUCGUGGUCUCGCUGGCAAGAGCGACGAUGUAUGAAGCAGAGAGCACUGGCAGCAGAAACAACCGGACAUGAGAGUUUUCAAUGGGAUUUGGAGGGUACCUAUCCUGGAGAACAGGCGCUGCUACGAAUACCACUACAUGCCCGAGAGGCUAUGAAUAUCAACGAGCUCCAGGCAAUCGCCCCUGGGAACCGUGGCGACAUUUACCGAUUCAUUCCGUCCAUACGCAUGCGGGCCACAGGUUAGAUAUGAAAUCGUUACAGUGUUGCCCCUGGAGCAAGACGUUGUCUCUUUCAAAUCAACUGUUUCGGCCUUCACAUGUGUGGAAACGGGGUUACCGUUUUCAUCACUAGUGAUGCAUCUUCAGUCAAAAAACAUGGCAGAUUUUCACUCUUCUUCAUUGUCCAAUGCCGACAAACCCUGUUCUUUCUCCCCUACCUUACUUUACUCUCUUUUUGGGCAUUUUUACAGCGAUUAGACCUUUUCCCUAAACGGCCGGCUUUACUUUUUUAGUUGUACAAAGGGUGGAUGUAGAUGGAUUGUGUGAGAAGGUGGGGAAACCAAUGUUGCCGGUUUUCGGGACCGAGUGAGC